GAUAACGUACAUUCCUGGGUAUGACGUCAAUGUCAAUGGCGGGGUUCACGUCAACCAUCAUGAUAACCUGCAUUGAGAAGAAAGAAGCCUGCUUAUCAAUUCUAUCAUCAUCAUCAUCAACGGAACAAUUAUAAUUGAUAUUCAUUCUGCGACCGUGUUGAUCGUCGUGGUGUAUAUCUUCAUAUCCAUACUGUAUAUAUAUAUACUACAUUCGCCGAGCUCUCGAACAGGAAGCUGGAGUGGCAUAUAUUGAGUGGCAGAUCCAACAAACAUAGUACUUGCUUGAUUCGAUUCAACUAUCAAUAUGAAUCGAGCAAUCUCAGUCCGUUCUUCAGGAGGGAAAUCCUCAUCCAAAGAUGCCUCAUCCUCCAAACAUUUCUCCCUCUCUUCCCUUCGUGGGAUGAAUCAACCAGAUCUCUCCAAGAAACUUUAUAAACUCAUCAAAACCGAAAACAAUCUUAUUACAGCAUAUGAAACUGCAGGCAGAGAACGCAUCUCGAUUGCGACCCAACUUUCCGAAUGGGGUGAAUCCACUGAGGACGAUGCGAUUUCGGAAAUCUCGGAUAAGAUUGGAGUUUUGUUGAGUGAAUUGGGUGAUCAAGAAGAUUACUAUGCACAUAGUUUGGAUGAUUCGAGAGGGGUCUUGAAGGCUAUUCGAAAUACUGAGAAGAGUGUUCAACCAAGUCGGGAUCAUAAACAUAAAUUGGAAGAACAAAUUGCUAAAUUACGGGCCAAGGAGCCUCAAAGUGCUACAUUGGUUACACUGGAGCAAGAGUUGGUCAGAGCAGAAGCAGAACAAUUGGUUGCUGAGGCUCAAUUAACAAAUAUUACAAGAAAGAAGAUCAAGGAAGCAUAUGAUGCUGAAUUUACAGCCACAAUUGAAAGAGCAGAGAAACAGAUUAUCCUCGCUCGUCAUGGACGUCGACUACUCAAUCUUCUUGAUGAUACACCAAUCGUGCCAGGAAACAUUCGUCCAGUUUUUGAACAUACUGAACAAGCCCGACAAAUUCUCAAUGAUGCUGAGGAUGAUCUUCGAGAUUGGCAAUUCGAUGCCGAAGAAGUUCAAUCGCAUGGUAACCUAGAUGCUGGGGGAAUGCGUCAGGAAGGUACUGAACAUCAGCAAGUCCAAAACGUAGAAGGUUCUAUUGUUGGUACUGAGGAUGGCUAUCGUAAUGAAGGAGUUCAAUCGGAAAUUGGGGACACUAGAAUUAGUAGUGGACAACAAAACCCAGGAAGCUAUGCUCCUAGUGUUACGGGAACUUCAGUUACCACUGGUCCGAUAGAGACAAGUGAGGUUAAUAGGGUUGCUUAGUGUGGUUAACGAUUCACACGACUUUUUCGGUAGUUUGUACAGUAUAAUUGAAGCUUUAUUAAAUUGUGAACUUUCUAUCUCA